AUGCCUGAAAUUGAGUAUUGGCCUUUGUUUGACCCGUAUUCGCAGAAAUAUACGGUGCCGUUUGCGCGCAAGUUGAGCACUGUUGAACAGACUCAGGUUGACUAUUAUCGGCACCUGCGCGAAAGCUACCAUGAUGGUCCUUUUUACUCCGUGCUUGAUGCUGCCUCUUCUUCAGCUAAGAAAGGCAGUGCUGCGCGUGCCAACUUUGACCCAUUCCAUGGCAUGCCCACCUACUCUGGUCGUUAUCAACGGAAGCGGCGCACUCUUCCUAAGAUUGCUGGACGUGAUUAUGGUAAGGCUUUUGUGGACUUGACAGGCUCUAUUAUUUGGUUCGAGUUGCAGAUUGCUAAUUGCGCAUUCUCGGAUCCUACAGUCUUGAAAUUCUUCCCCCGCGACCUCUGGAAAAUCCUCCAGCCCAGCUUCCGACCUGACGCGGUAAUGGACGGUUACCAGGCCCAAGCAGGAACUGGAGUCAAGCGUGGCUUCGAAGACGAGGAGGAUGAAGCUGAGGGCGGACCGUCGAAGCGCAAGGCCACCGGCGAUGAUGACGAUGAAGAGGCCGAGGGCGACGUGGAUGAGAACGUUCUGCUUGAUGAAGAUGAAGAGCAGGAUGCAGAGGAGAUGGACGACGAUUUCUCCGAGGAUGAUGACGAGAUGGGCGGCGAUUACAACGCCGAGCAGUACUUCGACGACGGUGGAGAUGAUAUGGGCGAUGACGGCUUCGGCGAUGGUGGUGGAGGAGGUGGUGAUGAAGAUACCUACUGA